CAGGUGGGGGGGGCGCCUUCGGCCUGACCCUGGCGCUCUGCCACUCGCUGGGACUCUACCUGCAGCUCGGCGCCGCUUCGCGAGCCCCGCAGUGGGAGAGAACCAGAUCUCCAGCAACGCCUUUUUCACCGAGACUCCUCAUGACAUGACCGCCAGGGCUGGGGAGGACGUGGAGAUGGCCUGUUCCUUCCGUGGGAGCAGCUCCCCUUCCUACUCGUUGGAGAUCCAGUGGUGGUACGUGCGCACCCAUAAGGACUGGACGGAGAAGGAGAACUGGGACACCAACCAGCUAAAAGCUUCUCCGCAGGAGGAAACCGGGAAGGACGCCACGAAAAUAAGCGUAGUGAAGGUGGCGGGCAGCAACAUCUCGCACAAGCUGCGCCUCUCCCGGGUCAAGCCGGCCGACGAAGGGACGUACGAGUGCCGCGUGAUCGACUUCAGCGACCGGCCGGCGCGGCACCACAAGGUCAAGGCGUACCUGCGGGUGGAAGCCGAGGACAGCGCCCCCUCCGCCCACGGCCGCCCCCUGCAGGACACCCAGCUGCUGCUCCUGGCCACUGGGCAGACCCCCGAGCGCGGCAGGCCGGCCGCCCCCCGGCCGCCCCACCCGCCCCGCCUGGCCAAGGAGCUCAAGAAGCGCUCGCUGGACGAAGCCCCCGCCUGCGCCCGCUAGAGACCCCCCACCCACCCAUCCACGCCCACCCCCAGCGCCGGAGUCCGGACCGGACCGCCUGAGUCGCGCUGGCUGCCGCGCCCCCCCAAGGCGAAGGUCUCCAGCUCCGCGACCCCUCCCCGCCCGGCCGCCCUGGAUUGGGGUGUGGGGUCGUCUCCCACCCACCCCUCCUAGACCCUGCUACCCACGAACUUGGUGCGGAGGAUUGCUCGCAACUGGACUCGCCUGUAAAUAGCCCCCAUCUGCACCCCCAUCUGCACCCCCCCCGUCCCCAGUGGGCAAGGGGGUCCCGCUGAGGUUGGGGGAGCCCAACAGGAAGCCAGAGAC